CUGACUUCCUGGGGGAACCAGUGUCCGAUCACACGGUCGUGGCCGCACCAUGUCUGCCGCUGAGUGGAAGAAGAGAUGUGAGGCUGAGUGGAGUCUGCAGGUCUGCCCGAUGCCCGACAGCCUGGACUGGAAGGUCGUGUGUGAAGCCAAACCGCUCGGGAGAAAUUUACUGAAGAACCCAGCGCCUCUCGGCUUGAGUAAGGACACCCCUCCACCCGAACCUAAGCUGUCUGAAGUGCCAACACAUGGACCUCCACGUUUUCAACCUGAUGGCGACUUCAGUGGCUGGAUCACGAGCACGGAAGUCCUCCCCUAUGAUACCAGUGGCAUCCCGGCAGGUGCUGCCAUCUGUGCAUUGCCUCAAUACAGCUGGUUCUCCAUGGAGCAGGUUGUGGACCUGAAGGCAGAGGGACUGUGGGACGAGCUGCUGGAUGAUUUUCAGCCUGAAAUAGUCAUCCAAGACUGGUAUGAGGAGAGUCAGCUGCAUCAGUCCAUCUACCAGCUGCAUGUUAAGUUACUGGGUGCGGACAAAAGCACAGUGAUCUCAGAGCACACUGUCAACCCCACCGAGGACCUCAGCACUUACUCACACACGUGGAAGGAGGUGUCACAUGUGUUCUCUGGCUACGGACCUGGGGUGAGAUAUGUCUACUUCCUGCACCGACUGAAGAACAAGUUCAUGAUGGAGUUCUACCCCACGCUGUUCACCGGCAGCGCAGUGAUUGUCAAACCAACCAAAACCAGCUCUUAGGCUGAAUCCUACUGAAAACUGCAGAUUUCUGGGGUUGAUUUUAAAUUGUUUUAAUUUUGCAUUUGCUUUGAAGUUAUUUUCAAAAUAACUUUACACUUGUUUGUGCAAUAAUAAAUCAAUUUUCUUAUUUCA